AUCUAUUUUUUGUGUGUUUAGUCUCUGAAGCGGAUCAAGCGUUCGGAUCGUCGAGGUGCAGAGUCAGUGACUGAGGAAAAGUUCACGGUUCUUUUUGAAUCACAGUUCAGCAUUGGAGGCAAUGAACUGGUCUUCCAUGUGAAAACUUUAUCACUACCCGUAGUAGUGAUCGUCCACGGUAGUCAGGACAACAAUGCCACAGCGACAGUACUUUGGGACAAUGCCUUCGCUGAACCAGGCCGGGUUCCAUUCAUUGUACCGGACAAGGUACUCUGGCCCCAGCUAUGUGACGCCCUUGAUAUGAAGUACAAGGCAGAGAUGCACAGUGGCCGUGGCCUGUCGGAGAACAACCUGGUCUUCCUGGCGCAGAAAGCUUUCACAACGACAAGUAACAACCCAGAGGAAUACCGCAACAUGACCAUAUCGUGGGCCCAGUUUAACAGGGAGAGCCUACCUGGACGCAACUUCACCUUUUGGCAGUGGUUUGAUGGAGUCAUGGAACUUAUGAAGAAACAUCUCAAGCCUCAUUGGAAUGAUGGGGCCAUCUUGGGUUUUGUGAACAAGCAGCAGGCACAGGAUAUGCUUCUGUCCAAACCCAAUGGGACAUUCCUCCUGCGAUUCAGUGACUCUGAAAUUGGUGGCAUCACCAUUGCCUGGGUUGCAGAGAACCCCAACAAAGCAGGUGAAAGGCUGGUAUGGAAUUUGUUGCCUUACACCUCCAAAGAUUUCUCCAUUCGCUCCUUGGCUGACCGUAUCAGUGAUCUGAACCAUCUCCUGUUUCUCUAUCCCGACCGACCCAAAGAUGAGGUCUUUGCAAAGUACUACACACCACCACUCUCAAAAGCAGUGGAUGGCUACGUAAAACCACAGAUCAAACAAGUUGUCCCAGAAUUCACCACUCCAAAUCCUGAACCCAGUGGAACAACUCCCACGUUCAUGGACCAGACGGCUUCUCCUUCUGUUGUUAAUCCCAACAAUUUUGCUGCCUACCACAUAGGGGACGCCAUGUUGGACACAGAGGGAGACUUCGACUUGGAGGACACCAUGGACGUUGCUCGGCAUGUGGAGGAGCUACUGCGGAGGCCCAUGACCAACCAGUGGAGCAGCCAGCAGUCCUGAACGCGAUGUACCCGAUCCACUGGACUUUGGGAAGAAAACGGUCAGGUAUUCGACACGUGUUUGGCAGGAGACAAGCUCUUGGCACGAACAUGUUGGUGCUAUUCAAGAGCGCUCACACGUCAGUCUUGUUUCAAACCUGGAGAGCAGCGUUGGUGCCUGUAAAUGGGCUUUUUUUUUCUUUUUUUUUUACACAGCUGAAACAGGGCUACCUUUGACAUAAACAUCACAUUCAUGUGCCUCACAGACCUUAAUCGGGUCGACAGCAGUUUUCAAGCUCAAGUGCAGUGUGACUAAAUGGUAAAACUCGUCACUUUCUCACAUCGGAUAUUUGUCAGUAUUUUUUGUAAAUUAAAUCUAUCAAGUAUACGAUGAUUUAAACAUGGAAGCGAACAGAGUCGCUGAAAGCUGACUUUGCGGCAAUCACGGGACGUAGACAAUAAUAUACACUCAGGCUCAGAUUCACACCUGAGGACAAUCGUGUGCCUUCAAUUCACCAAAGAAGCAUAUUUUGGAACUUGGGAGCAAGCUGGAAUGUCUGGAGGAAAAACCCACCCAGGCAUGGGGAGAACAAGCAAACUCCACACAGGAGGACUGGAGCCCGGACUCAAACUGUGAGAUGAAUGUACAGUACUAACCACUCGUGUACCGCCAAGCAAGCGUGGAUUUUUCUGAAAAGUAUGCUGUACAUUUCUUUUAAAAUGGGAAUCGCUCUCAUGCAGAAUUGUGACGACAUUAACUUCAAAAAAGGUAAAAGUCACGGCAUACCUGGA